CGAGACGGGGGAUUAAAAAAUAGGAAAUGCUAAAUAAAAGCAGAGAGAAUCGAGAUUGUUGUUUGUUGAAAGUAAUUUCAGGCAGCAGAGAGGGAGAGGUUAGUUGUUGGUUCCUCGUUUGUUGGUGGUGGUGAAACGCCCGAAGCUGGGAGCCUGAGAAAUUUGCCAAGCUCCACCAUAUUGGACGUUUUUAGGGAUUUGCCCUUGUCCGCCUGCGUUCUCCCGAAAGCUUCCCUCCUUCUCUGGCCUUUCCCCUCUCCUCUCUCUCGCGCUGCUCGGUUCAAACGCGGAGGAGAGAGGAGGCUUCCCAUUUCCCACUCCCCCAUUUCGGUUGUUCUUGUUGUUGUUGUUUCUCUAUAAUAUUCAUUGGGGAUCGAAGAGGGGAAUCUUAUUUUUGUGCGUUAGGGUUUUUAGCAUCUCUGCUGGGGGGAAAAGGAGUGAAUUGUGAGGAAAAGAACAGGGGAAGCAACCAUGAAUGUGAUGCGUCGUUUGAAGAGCAUUGCCUCUGGUCGUACCUCAGUCUCCUCUGACCCUGGCGGGGAUCCUGGGACAAAGAGGGCAAAGGUGGACCAAGAUAUAGAGCAGAAGAACCAUAAUGAGGCGCAUUUAGCUGAAAGGAAUGCCACUGGCCAUGCUGCUUCAACAUCUCUUAAUUUUCCCAUUGCUACAUCUCACCCAUCUUCCAAGCCCAAAAAAGAAAACACUGGAUAUGAACAGCUUCCCAAUGAAAUGCACCAAAUGAGGAUCCGAGAUGAUAAGGCCGCCAAUGCCGACGAGAAGGAAAUGGGGGCUACUGUUGUGAGUGGUAAGGGAACAGAAACUGGUCAGAUAAUUACAACCACAGUUGGUGGCCGCAAUGGACAGCCAAAGCAGACAAUUUCAUACAUGGCAGAACGUGUUGUUGGUACUGGCUCUUUCGGUGUGGUUUAUCAGGCCAAAUGCCUUGAAACUGGCGAAGCAGUUGCUAUAAAGAAGGUGCUUCAAGACAAGAGAUACAAGAACAGAGAGCUUCAGAUCAUGCGCCUUCUCGAGCAUCCCAACGUUGUACAGCUCAAGCAUUGUUUCUUUUCAACGACUGAUAAAGAAGAAGUAUACCUUAAUCUUGUUUUGGAGUAUAUAGCUGAGACUGUCCACCGAGUCUCGAGGCACUACAACAGAAUGAACCAUCAACACAUGCCUAUCAUAUAUGUGCAACUUUACACUUAUCAGAUAUGCCGUGCUCUAAAUUAUUUACAUAAUGUUGUCGGAGUAUGCCAUCGUGACAUUAAGCCUCAGAAUCUGUUGGUCAAUCCCCAUACUCAUCAACUGAAGAUAUGCGACUUUGGUAGUGCGAAGAAGCUGGUCCCGGGUGAACCCAACAUAUCCUAUAUAUGCUCCAGGUAUUAUAGGGCUCCCGAGCUUAUAUUUGGGGCUACUGAGUAUACAACUGCCAUUGACAUGUGGUCUGCUGGAUGUGUAUUGGCUGAGCUUCUCCUCGGACAGCCAAUGUUUCCUGGAGAAAGUGGCGUCGAUCAGUUGGUGGAGAUUAUUAAGGUUUUGGGGACACCAACCAGGGAGGAAAUUAAGUGCAUGAACCCAAAUUAUACAGAAUUCAAGUUCCCGCAGAUUAAAGCUCACCCAUGGCACAAGAUCUUUCACAAGAGAAUGCCCGAUGAAGCGGUGGAUCUUGUGGCGAGGCUGCUUCAGUACUCGCCAAAUCUACGAUUUACUGCUUUGGAAGCCUGUGCACACCCUUUCUUCGACGAUUUGAGAGACCCAAGUGCAUGCUUGCCUAACGGUAGAGCUCUACCUCCGUUGUUCAAUUUUACAGCUCAAGAAUUGGCGGAUGCCUCAACUGAACUUCGUCAACGUCUCAUCCCGGAGCAUGCAAGGAAAGACUAAUGAAUGGCAUGCUAAACAGAGAAGGCGGCAUAACUAGUCUUAAGAAAUUCUUUUGUGUCUUUCCAUCACGCAGAUAAUUUGAUCAUAACUGGUCAGGUUACGAUAGAAGGAAGUUGAGGUGACAGGAGGAUGGAGAAGCUGAUGAGUAUUUGACAGGGUUUGUUGUUUUUUUUUUUUUUUCUUUGAUGGUGGCUGUAAAUUGAGCUAACUACUACCGGGGAGAUGCUUGAUUGACUGUGCACCAGAUGUUCCCACCGGCCUUGAAUUGAUCAAAUUAUUUUAGGAAAAUUGUGUAAUGCGUUAAUGCCUCAUUUUCACCAAUUUUCUUUUUGAAAUUUUAUGAUGAUAUAUGGUUUAUGGGUAUAUUUCAUAAGACCAAACUAAAUUGAUCUUGUUAGA